UUUAGUGGAAUUUUCCGGGGCUGUAAAACCCGCUGGGAGCAGAAGCUCUGCCCGUCCCUGUUUUUCGGGCGAUUUUCCGGGGCUAUAAAACCCUCUGGGAGCCGAAUCUCUGCCCGUCCCUGUUUUUGGGGGAUUUUACUGGAGCAAAAGCUCUGCCCGGCCCCGUGAGGGGACAGCCCAGCCCUUGACCUGUCCGAKCAGGGGGUGACAGCACCGAUGGCCUCUCCCCGCGCAGGGAAUGYCCCUCCGGGCGUGGACCCCGAGGCGCUUUCCUGGUUCCAGACGGUGGACRCGGAUCGCAGCGGAUUCAUCUCCGUCAAGGAGCUGAAGCAGGCGUUGGUCAACAAUAAUUGGUCCUCGUUCAACGAUGAGACCUGCYUGCUGAUGAUCAACAUGUUCGACAAGACGCGCUCGGGGCGCAUUGAUGUCUACGGCUUCUCGGCCCUGCUGCGCUUCAUCCAGCAGUGGAGAAAUCUYUUCCAGCAGUACGACAGGGAUCAGUCCGGCUCCAUCAGCUUCGGAGAGCUCCAGCAAGGUGGGUGACGGGCAGAGGGGCCGGCCU